AUGUCACCAACUAUUCAGGAACUAUUGUCGACUGGGCCCUCUGCCGAUGGGCCGCCGACGAAGUAUUUAGAUACGGUUCAGGCUUAUAACCAGUGGGCUGAGGUUUAUGAUACAGAUGGGAAUUUCCUACAACGACUCGAUACGAUUGAAAUGCGAGCUUUACUACCCCAGUUUCUUGAUCGUGUCAAUGCCCGCUUCCCAGGGCCGGCACCCGAACUUGAAGCAUCUCGAAUGGCCCUCGUAGAUCUCGGUUGUGGAACUGGCAGAAACACACUUCAAUUGGUAGAUGCUCUCUCCUCAAAUGUAGGGGUAGACCGAUUCGAAAUCGUCGGUCUGGAUGCUUCACCCGGUAUGUUGGAUGUCGCUCGCACCACCAUUGAAAAGCAUCUCGAAUUGGAAAACCCCAGAGCGGACGUGAAACUAGGAAUAUUUGAUCUUCUGCAGCCCAAUCUGCAACAAUUACCGACUUCUUUGCGUACAGCGGGGGCAGCAGGUGUGAUAUCUACUCUGGUACUGGAACACAUCCCGCUCCAGCAAUACUUUACUGCCGCCUCGACCAUCAUGAAAGCUGGUGCAUAUCUCUUGCUAACUAAUAUGCAUGCUGAGAUGGGAAUGCGCAGCCAGGCAGGCUUCACGGAUCCCGCGACUGGGGCCAAGAUUCGGCCUACGAGUUAUUGUCACCAGAUUGCGGAUAUUUUAUCUGUGGCUGUGGAGGCGGGGUUCCAGCUGGAAGAAAUUGUUGGUUGUAAUGAGAAUGGAGUAUUGGUGAGAGGCGUUGAUGAGGAAUUGGGGGAGGUGCUGGGUGCAAGGGCUAAGAAAUGGGUUGGGAUUAGGGUUUGGUUUGGGAUUUGUUUCAGCAAGAAGUAA